GAAAGAGAGAGAAGCAAAAGCAAGGAAGAGGAGGGAGGGAGGGUCUUCUGCAGCCCGCCCGGAGGAGCCAUCACCGCGGCGUCGAGCCUGGCGCGCCCGCCGCUUCCUGGAGCCGAGGAGCCUCGAGGGCGCCAUGCGGCGAUGCUCCCCGGGGUGGCGGCGGCCCCGAUCCUGCCUCUAGCUGCAGGUGCGACCCCCCUCCCUCCAGCGGCGCCGGAGAGACCCCCCAGCCAGCCAUGUACCCCAAGGGGAAAGGCUCCGGCGUACCUUCCGACGGGCAGGCGCGAGAGAAGUUGGCGUUGUACGUUUAUGAAUACCUUCUUCACAUCGGGGCACAGAAAUCGGCACAGACCUUCCUCUCGGAGAUCCGGUGGGAAAAAAACAUUACGCUCGGAGAACCGCCCGGAUUUCUGCACGCCUGGUGGUGUGUGUUCUGGGACCUGUACUGCGCUGCGCCCGACCGGAGGGAGGCGUGCGAGCACUCGAGCGAAGCCAAGACCUUCCACGAUUACAGCUCCACGGCUGCACCCAGUCCUGUGAUGGCGAAUGUGGCCCCCGGCGAUGGAAUGGCGCCCAGUCCAAUGAUGUCUGGGUUUUUCCAGGGACCUCCAGGCUCCCAGCCGCCCUCCCAGGGCUCGCCACACCACCCCAGUGCCGCGAUGAUGGGGUUGCAGAAUCAGCCGUUCAUGUCUCCACGCUUCCCGGCUGGACUCCGGCCUUCGCUGCGGAUGCCAAGCCAGCCGCCGGCAGGCAUGCCGGGCCACCAGCCUCCAAUGUCCAGCGCGAUGGACCCUGCAUCAUGGGUGCAAGGGCACCCCUCCAUGGGUCCAAUGCAGCGCAUGAGCCCCCCACGUGGCCUGACGGGGAUGGCCCCACAGAGUUACGGUGCCGUGAUGAGACCCCCACCUGGAUCCUUUGCAGGUCCUGGCAUGACGGCAAUGAGCACAGGUCCUGGAGUGCGAAGCCCCUGGCCAAAUAUGAAUGCAAACUCGAUCCCGUAUUCCUCCUCGUCUCCAGGCAGCUACGGGACCCAGCCGAACGCCGCCGUCCUGUCUCUCUCUGCUUCCCCACAGGGCCCCCCUGGAGGUGGAGGCCCCCCUGGCACCCCCCUCCUGCCCAGCCCUGGAGACUCCACCAACUCCAGCGAAAGCAUGUACCUGAUGAAUCCCAUCGGACCCCCCGGAAGUCGGCUCAGCUUCUCCAUGGGGCUGAGCCCCGAAGGCGCAAUGCCCGGAAUGAACGCGAUGGAGCCGCAACACAUGAACGGAACCUUAGGUCCUGGUGAAAUGGAACCCAUGUCCAAGGCUUCUCCCAGCAGCCUGGCGCCUUUGAGCAAUCCUUCUGGCACCCCGCGGAACGACGGCGAGAUGGGCGCCGGCUUCCUCAACCAGUUCCACAGCGAGAGCGUGAGGUCCUGCGUGGAGCGGCGCCCGCGACGGGGGCGAGGUUCCCGGGGGUCCCGGGGUCCGCGUGGGGGACGGGGCGCCCCAUGGCCAGGCAGGACCGGUCCGGCCACGCCCAACGCCGACGAUACCAUCUCGUACUGGAAACAGGGGCAGCUGUCAGAGUUGUGACCCCGGGGGGCCGCUGCCCCCCCAUGUCUCUUGCUAUGGACCGAUGCCACUGGUCCCCAAACACUCCAGUGACAUUUCCCUAGGUCUGUCUCCCUAGCAACCACCCCCUUUGAUACGACCUGGACUGACCGCUGCGGAGACACGACGGGGGGAGUCCUUAGGGGAAAAAAUUAAUUGAAUAAUCUGUUCCCCAGCCCAGCUGGCUAUCCCAACUUGAACUGAUGAUCCGAACACAUUUACAGAUCGACUUUGGUCACCCCGAUCUCUCAGACGCUCGCGAAUCUCCAAGGGGGGCUUACGAUGGGGCAGGCUGGACCGUUUUGUGCUCCCCACCUCCCAACACUUUCGGACUUCACAGCCCCUCGAAGACACCAGGAGCAAUGGCAGCUGGGGUACUUUGGAGGUGCUGGGCAAAAUCCCCCUCCCCCAACAAUGCUGCAGAGAGGGGCGGCAUAGGAUUCUGUAUUGGGGAAUUGAGUUGGGGGCACAGUUUGUAAAUUGGGCGGAAGAGGGGCAGCACUGGGGGGGGGGGCUUGAGGGAACCCCACUUUUGCACCUUCCUUGAGUGUUUUCUCCUUGCUGGAAAUGCAUCCUCGAACUCGGACCCCCUCCCCGGUGGAAGAUAAGAGAGUUUCGUGCAUAUAGAAACUGGCUUGCUGUACAUAGGCGAAAUUUGCAUCCGUGGCCCUGCCCACUUUUGCCUCCAGUCCCGGGGGGGGGAGUAGCCUCUGGUCAAGAAACCCAUGCCAAACCCCAAUUUAGACGAGCUAAUACAGUGGUACCUCUACUUACGAAUUUAAUGCGUUCCGAACACACAUUUGUAAGUCGAAAAAAUUUGUAAGUCGAAUCCCAUAGGAAUGCAUUGGGAGAAAAAAUUCGUAAGUAGAAAAAAUCCUAUCUGAACUGCAUCCAAGAUGGCGGACGGAGCUCCAUUUGUAAGUAGAAAAAUUCGUAAGUAGAGUCAUUCGUAAGUAGAGGUACCAUUGUACUGGUUCAAAACAGGCCUUGCGCCUUUUAAAUGUCCCCCCCCCCCAAGAUUGAUUCGUUGGUGUAGUGGGGGGAAUCCCCACCUUUCCCCCUUCCCUCUCGUCUCAACCCCACCCCCCAAAAAAAGAAUCUUGGAUUAUUAUUUUUUUAAGCUGGCUGGAAAUUCCUGUAGCGGCCAACAGGGCGGCGGUCUUUUGCAGGGUUCCCCCGCCGCCCGCAUCUCAAUUUAUUAAAACUCCCACCCACUUCUGUCAGCUGGAGCAGUGAUCUUCAACCUCGAUUCCUCCACUCUGCAAAUAUGUCAUUGGACUACAAAUCCCAUCAGUGCCAGUUGGCUCAGUCAAUGGCCAGGAAUGAUGGGAGUUGUGGUCCAGAUGGAUCUGGGGACACCCCUCCUUCAAAAGCUUGAAGAAUGCUGGUCUAGAGGAGUGGUAGUUGUGGGCCUUUAAGGGGGGGUGUCAACAGAAACUUGCUCCACCCACAUUUAGCCAUUGGCUCCGCCCCAGCACUGGCAUGAGGGCUCUCAGAGGCUGGAAAAAUCAUUCCCUUCCCCUCCUAUAUAAAUUCCCGGUGGCAUUAUUAUUAUUAUUAUUAAAUGCACGUUCCCUGCCACUAAAUUGCUCCUAAACUUUUGAUAAAGAUUUCAUGGUCCCUUCCAGCUCGACGAUUCUAUAUGCAAAGGGGGGAAACCUUCCGUUUAAACUUUCUAAGACAUUCUGGUUUUGCUACAGACCUCGUGCAAUUUGUAAAAAGAAUUGAAUUAAGAAUGGGGCGGGGAACAAGACAGCAAGAUUCAUCCGAGCCGGUUGACGUUCCCUUAUUAUUAUUAAUAAUAUUAUUAUUGCAAAAGGGGGAGAUCUUUGGGAUGGGGUAGAAAUUCCUUGCCUCGCCCACUCCCCCCCCCCAAAAAAGCCAGAGCUAGGCUGAGUAUCUUUUGUCGUCAUUGUGUGUAAAUAGAACUCCUGGCUUUUUGGAAAGCCGCUGCAAUUUUUAAAGAAGUCGGCGACAAGGAGAGAAAAAAUAGAAAACCUUGCAUCAAUAAAUGUUAAGUUGGAUUUUUUAAAGAACGGGGGGGAAAUUGUGUGUGUUCUUUUUGCAAACAAGCGCAGUCUUUUUCUAGUGAUGCUAAGACACACUCCCCUUUCCCCCAGGCCCUGGUU